UCUAAAGCUAGCCGGCAGCUUAUCCGUUCUUCCCUUCCAAAUCCCACAUAUUCUCUCUGAUUCUCUCAGCUUUGAGGCUCAGCGGAAAGCCACAGCAACCCAGGUCGUCCUUUCUCUGUUUUUGUUUUUUCACAUUUAGUAUUUCAUAUUCAAAGAACGCAUUGUUAAUUACUUAAUUACUUAAAAUAGCUACACAAUUUUUUUCUUUUUUACCUUGAAACAGAACACUGUUUAUGGCUUCAAGGACUUUCCUUUACUUCCACCACGGAAAACUCUUCCUUCCCUUUACGACCACCAAGUUUAUUCCUUCUUCUAAAAGACCCUUAAAAAAUUUCAGCUUAUCUUCCAUAAGCUGUAGCCUAAACACUUCUCAGCAUAUUCUUGAAUCAAAGUCUCAACUGGGUAGUCCCCCAAAUGUUAUUAAAAUACUUGAAGAAAGAGGAUUGCUAGAAUCCGUAACCAAUGAACAUCUCAGGUUGGCUUGUUCAGACCAAACUGCUGGUCCUCUUAGGGUUUAUUGUGGUUUUGACCCAACUGCUGAGAGCCUACAUUUGGGAAACCUUUUGGGGCUCAUUGUACUUUCUUGGUUCCAAAGAUGUGGUCAUAAAGCUGUUGCCUUGAUUGGUGGUGCUACUGGUAGAAUUGGUGACCCUUCAGGAAAAAGCCAAGAAAGACCUGAACUCGAUUUGAAAACAUUGGAAAAAAACAUUGUUGGGAUUAUGGGUACUAUAAAUAAGAUUCUAAGUAAAAAUUCAGAUAUGGGUUCUCAAAAAAACUCAAACUUUGUGAUUUUAAAUAAUUAUGAUUGGUGGAAAGAGAUUAGGUUGCUUGAUUUUCUUAAACAAGUCGGUAGAUAUGCUAGGGUGGGGAGUAUGAUGAGUAAGGAGAGUGUUAAGAAGAGGUUGGAAUCAGAACAAGGAAUGAGCUAUACUGAGUUUACUUAUCAGUUGUUACAAGGUUAUGAUUUUUUAUACCUUUUUAAGAAUGAAGGUGUUAGUGUUCAAAUAGGUGGAAGUGAUCAGUGGGGUAAUAUUACUGCUGGUACUGAAUUGAUAAGGAAAAUUUUACAAGCUGAAGGAGCUUGUGGGUUAACAUUCCCUCUUUUGUUGAAGAGUGAUGGCACUAAGUUUGGGAAAUCAGAAGAUGGUGCAAUUUGGCUUUCACCUUCUAUGCUGUCUCCAUAUAAGUUUUACCAGUAUUUCUUCUCUGUUCCAGAUGCAGAUGUGGUGAGGUUUCUUAAAAUUCUUACUUUCUUGAAUAUGGAAGAGAUAAAGGAGUUGGAGAGUUCAAUGAUAAGACCAGGCUAUGUGCCUAAUACAGUACAGCGGAGACUUGCUGAGGAAAUGACUCGUUUUGUUCAUGGUGAAGAUGGUUAAGAAGCACUUAAAGCAACUGAAGCAUUGAGGCCCGGAUCAGAGACAAAAUUGGAUUGGAAAACUAUUGAAGGGAUUGCUGAGGAUGUUCCAUCUUGCUCCUUGCCAUACAAUCAAGUGUUGAAUCUUUCGAUUGUUGAUCUUUCUGUCUCUUCUGGUUUGUUUGAGAGCAAAUCAGCUGCCCGUCGUCUAUUGAAGCAAGGAGGUGUCUACUUGAACAACAAUAGAGUAGAUAAUGAAAGUAAAAGAAUAGAAGCCGAAGACAUUGUGGAUGGCAAAGUUCUUCUUUUAUCUGCUGGCAAGAAGAACAAGGUGGUUGUAAGAAUGUCUUGACUGGUUGUAGUGGUACUUGAUUCUUGUAUGUUAAACAAAGUUUUGGAUUUAAUGAUAUAUUAACAAAAGAAAGUUAAUAUUUUCUCAUAAGGUGAUUCUCAUAUCAGUUGCAAAAGUAUUUAUUGUUAGCCUUUAGACAUGGUCUUUUUUUGUGUACAUCGUUUCUUUUCUGUCUUGUUUACAAAUUUAUAUCCUUUGAUUUUUUGAGGAAGGAAUGGCCAGGUUUUCAAUUUUGCUAUCUGCCAUCACAAAUUGUUGAAAAUACACUUGCUAUUAAAUUGUAAAAUAUGAUAUGAUAUACGGAUGGCUAAACAUAAUGGUCUUAGCAUGCAUGUUAUAAACUGUGAAAUGCCACAUUCUUUUCAAGUGUGUAUACACUAUGCAAAUGCUUAGUACUGGGAGAGGGGCUUCUGCCAUUGCCUGUAAGUGUGAAAAAGAGUGUAAAAAUCUAAGACCUUAAAGGCUAAUACCUAAGCUGGAAGCACGGGAAAAUGCUGAUGUCCGUCUGCAUAAAGUUUAUGCUUUUGGCAUUGAAUUCUGAAAGUUAAGGAUCACUCAAAAACCCCCCAAUAUUAUUUUGUGGAUAUGCCUGGAACCUCGAGCAUUGUCAUUCUUGUUUCAAAUUGGUUUGAUGCGCAGAUCCUCGCAGGAGAUCUAACUAUUUUACUUUAUCUAAUACUAUGCUUUAUGGCAACCUGUUCUGAGCAUUUUAGGCAAGGGAUUAAAGGUGAGGUAGUAAUUGUCAGAAAUGGUUUUGACUAUCCUUUGGCUUGAGCUCGGCUUCAUUGGUGGCAUGCCAUUCAGUUUGUGAGAUAUCAAGCGAGAAAGGUUGCUCGAAGUUUGACACUGAGAGCCCUUGACUAUCUCAAAUGGUGUAAGGCAAGUUCGUGAUGUUAUUAUCUCUUUCUAUUGCCAUCUUCAUUGAAG